CGGAAGAGUCAUUCCUGGCACCCCGAAACGGCAGACGAAAACGAUCCCUGGCGGCAAAAGUAUUGGACAACCCAGUGCCGGUCCCGGUUUGAUAAAGUAGAUCACAAUCUUCGUGCGCCGGGGGCAGAUCAGGAUCACCAACACGGCAAUUGUGCAAUGAAAAAAGACAAACCAGCUGGUCCACCAGAACGAGGUCCGACGAACGCCUCACGGCAGAAGCCGAUCUUUCCGCUGUUGCGCGGGCACCAAAACAUCGACUUUGAAAACCAGGUAAAAGAGCAGGAGUUGGUGAAGAUGAUGGAAAACCUACGAAUUUCAUCGAGUCCCUCUGGUCCUUCUUCUUCACCUCAGAACAAGGGUAAGGAGGAACAGAAAAGGAAAACAAAGAAGAAAGCGCCUGCAUCGGUUUAUCGUGCGGGCCAAGAAGAGAAACCUGUAGAUGACCACGGAGCAGGAGCUUCAUCUCCUGGUGUUGGAACUAGCAGCACGAGGACAACAUUAAAAUACGAUGGCACCAGUGCGACGUCCGCCUUUGUCGGGGACCACAACUCGGGUACUAAAAAACAAUCAGCCCUCGCAGUGCAGAUCGACAAGCGCCGUCUUCAUGCGGAGCAGCGGAACCGAGUCUCUGCGGUCACGGGCGGGCCACCCCUGGUCCCCGGCGACGAGCCGGAUUUCCUCAAAAUCGGCAUCCGCGCGUUGACGGAGACGAAGAAUCCGCAGAGUGUUUCUGCUUUGUUCCAGCCCAUGUGGAUCAACAAGUACGCCAACGGCGUGGAGCUGCUGCAAAGCUACCGCGUCCUCAGUCCGGACGCCGCACAGCGCCCCGACCUGCCCAACGUACUCAACACCGCGGUUUGCGGCGCCGCGAGUCGGAUGAGCUUCCAACCCUCGAACCCCUUCGCGUCGCAGAGUGCCGCUUUGAUGCGACGCUGGCGGCCGCCAUCGGAAGAAGUGCUACUCGCCUCGCCUCCGGUGCUGGACCGGGUAAGAGAUAUCAUUUAUCGACUGUGCAAAGCACGGCACGUUGUCGAUGGAGGUGAAAGAAAACGGAAAACCUAUAUUGAUACAGAGUUUCUUGUAAGCGGCCUAUACGAACUGAACUUGAAGUACUACGUACACUUAGGCUAAUACUUCUAUGUUCCAAACCAAUAUAAAUUCAGCAGGGCCUGGGCGAGAUCGUGCUCUCCAUUCCGAGGUGGCGAGACGAGAUUCGACUAUCAAAUGUAAAAAUGUCUGGGUCUGGAAGAAUGCAACUUGUCAUGCUAAAUCUGAAGCAUGCAUAAAGCUGUGUUGCAUGAUUACCAAAAGUCGUCCAGUUUUGACCAAGUCGGGAGGGUGUUUCUCAUGCAGGAUAGGCAUGAGAGAGAUCGCACAGAAUCUGUCAUGCUCGGUCCUGCAUUCCAGACCUCAUGGGUCAUGGAAAAGCUGCAUCACAAAUCGCGAAUUCUUCCAGACCCAGACAUUUUUACAUUUCAUAUCGACACCGAAUAGGCAACGUGCGGAAGCACGACACGAAUACGAAUCCCGCCUGGGUGACCGUUGACCUUCCGCCGUUGCCUUUCAGCGUCAUUGGCUGCAAUUGUCCAGAAUCGAGGGGAGGAAAGGCGUGGCUGGUACAACUACGCAUAGUACGCUACUGGACCACUUCUUGCGAAAUUCAAUAUUGUGACUACAUGCUUACUGAGCCAAAGAAUGUGCUAACGAAGAUUAUCGCAGGCAUACUAAUUCAAAACUAGUGCAGUACUGUAAAACAACAAUGUUCGAGCGCGAAAAUUUGUAAAAAAAUACAGGACCAGUUGGGAAGCAGCCCGGGCGCUGCGGGGCUGACGUGUGAGUUUCUCGACGGCGACAUGCGAGUGUUGACUGCCCGGCACCUGACCGCCCUGGAACACAUAAAUUUUCUACAGCGCUACAACGACAACAGCCAGGAAAAAUGCGUCGGGAACGUUUUCAACACCCAUGCGCGAGAGGUCGAGCAGCCGACCCCAACAGCACUAGACAGCACAAGGAGAAGCAGUUCCUCUCGUCCAGGUGGUGGCUCGCAUGAUCAAGACGGAGAUCUCCAUCGUCGAUUUCAGAUUGAAGACGGCUCGUUUGAGGUCACGCAGCGCACACCAAAAGUCUACCCGCGCGUUUUUGAUACCACCAUGCUGACGGCCUCCAGCGAGCCGAACGGCGCGGCAUACCACCAGCACUGUCGCGAAUGGCAGCGGAUGCACUGCCAAACCGCGAAGCGGGAGCUCUUUCGCCGUACGGUGCAGCGGCAGCAGCUUCUCCGGUUUUUGUUUCUUCACACAGCUGAGAAGAGCAAUCACGCAGAAGCAGAAAUCAAUAACGUCGCAGCGAGUGGGCGAGAUAAUUGUUCAAACUCUGCCGGUGUCUCACUUUCAACAUGCGCGGCGAAAAACUGUCUUGCAAAUGCGUCGUCACCAGCACAGGGCGUAGGCGGUGACAGAUCUUCUGCGGAAACAACCAACAGCAGUGCAGCGGCAAGAAAGCUGGUCCACCGGAAGCAGACCUACAGCGAACAAGCCCAGCUUGGAAGUAGUAGUGCACCAACAGCAUCCUCUUCAACCGCACCAGCGUCAACCUGCACGGUGUUCAACGCUAAGCCCGCACAGCGGUCGAGCAGCCUGCCUUCCGCGAAAAAGCCAGCCUACUGUGGCUGCACGUGUAAAGAUAGAAACAAGAAGAAUAAGGCUACAACCGCGAAAACGGUUGAAGUUGGCGCCUCCCCACCCAUUGUGCUUUCUCCACACCUCUCCGUGCAAGAGUUGGACCUUGUGGGAGAUAUGAUGCUGCGUGCCCGCGUCAAGUUUUACGAACACGUCAAGGUCCUGGGCGACCUCUACGCCCUGGCACUGCUGGACUUCUACUGGCCGAAGGGACCGCUGAAAGAGCGGCGGGUUAACCUGUUGGUUCAAAAUUUGAAAUCUAUUGUGGAUUUCCUACAUCUGUUCCACGAGGAGACGGCGGAAUUCCCAUGAUGCACUUUACGCUCUUUCUCGUGUAUCUGGGUGGUACCUAUCAUUAUACAUAAUGAUAAUUUUCCAAAACCUCCAACAUGCUCUUCUGCUUCAGCAAAUAUGCACCGUGGAGAAUAAAGUUAGUUUAAGUGGAUUUGUGCUUGGUCCCUUAGUGCUUGUUUUACUUACCGCUCCGCACUUCUCCAGGAUCCAGCCACGCCGACGCCGAUAGGGUUUUUGGCUUUGCUCGCGUUUCAGGGUUAGGGUCCCUCUUUUGCUUUAUAAUUUCGAGAAUACAGAUUCAGCUUGUCUUGUGUUCCCCCCGCAACAUUCGCGAUUUCUAUAAAUUGUUUUUCGCCUCGUCCGCAGCUGUGUCAUCAAUAUGUUGUCUGACAAGAUCGAGCUCGGCGCUUGCCCAUUCAGCCUAGAUUGCUGUCAAUAGCUUCCACCUUAAGUAGGUAAUUCCAUCAUGUUUUCUACAGCGCUGUGUUGACAUCACACGCUAGCGAUGGACUACCACCUUCAUGCUGCUACAGUCUUUCGAUUACUGCCUUUUUGUACUGAUUCUGCUGGCCGUGAGGAGCAGUGAAGACAUGAUUUCUUUGGAAAAACAAGCAGCUACAGCCUGAUUCCGCUCGGAACGAAAGGGAAGUACGAUUGUGGUUAAACCACCAUCACGUAGCCGCGGAUAGUAUUUGAGCAAAACGCAGAGCCUCUUUCUUCAUUAAACCCGAGAUUGUCGCAAUACAUUAGAUAGAUUAACAUUUGUUGAUGACUAUCACGUUCACGCAGUUGGGAGAAAAACAAAUUCUGAAAUAGAUCGGAUCGAUAGAAGUAGAACAGUAGCAUCGGUUCUGCAUUUUGCAGCGCUGUUUGCUUGGUAGAGCCUGUUGUAU